AUGAAAUCAUUUCUCCCGCAAUUCCUGCCUCUUUGCACCGCUGCACUCGCUGUUCUUGUCAAGACCAACCCUGCACAGCAAGAAUUGCUCGUCCGCGAGGACAUUAUGAUCCAACAAGAUAAAGUCCCUGGCCACAACGAUGCCGUAUACGAUAUCGUGCCCAAGGAAGACCAGAUAUUGAAAAUCGAGUUCCUCGAAAUUGCCCCGACGCCCAUUCUCGCGUAA